UUCUUGUUAUCUUCUUUUUAGGACAAAGUGGGGCAGUCAUCUUCUAAACCACAAAACCUAACCCGGACUGGGUUUUCAUCUCAAUCAAGAAGCCAACCAGAGCAUGGUUUUGGCCUUCAACUGCUAAUGAACGAUAUUAACUCGUCCUUGGAAAGCCUUAACUCAGCUUGCAACAUGCAGUCCGACACUGACACUGUGCCCCUUCUUCAGAAUGGCCAGCAUGCCAGCAACCAGCCAGCAGCAUCUGGCUCACGGAGCCAGCAGCCGCAGGCAUCCCCAAAGCAAAAAGUGCAGCGUUCCCAACCUGUCCAUAUUCUCCCGAUCAGGUGGGCCCAGAAAAGUGAGCUUUGGAUUUUUCAAAGGAGGAAAGGAAGGAGAGGUGAAUCUGCCGAAGUGCCAAGGAGUACAGAGGAGAUGUUGAAUCGGCGUCUUCAGGAGGAAGACCAGUUCAGAACUUCAUCUCUUCCUGCUAUCCCUAACCCAUUUCCGGAGCUUGGGCCUGGGAGUCCUCCCGUGGUUCCUCCGAGCUCCUUGCCUCCUCCUCCAAGCCAGCCUCCUACCAAGCAGGAUGUCAAAGUCUUUAGUGAAGAUGGUACAAGCAAAGUGGUGGAGAUUCUGACUGACAUGACUUCCAGGGACCUGUGCCAGUUGCUGGUUUACAAAAGUCACUGUGUGGAUGACAACAGCUGGACUCUGGUGGAGCACCACCCACAACUGGGAUUAGAGCGGUGCCUGGAGGACCAUGAGAUUGUGGUCCAAGUGGAGAGCACCAUGCCAAAUGAGAGUAAAUUCCUAUUCAGAAAGAAUUAUGCGAAGUACGAGUUCUUUAAAAAUCCGAUGAACUUCUUCCCGGAUCAGAUGGUCACUUGGUGCCAGCCACCCAAUGGCAAUCAGGCCCAGCUUCUGCAGAAUUUUCUGAACACGAGCAACUGCCCUGAGAUUCAAGGGUUCUUACAGGUGAAGGAGGUUGGAAGAAAGUCCUGGAAGAAACUGUAUGUGUGCCUGCGCAGAUCUGGCCUUUAUUACUCCACCAAGGGGACUUCAAAGGAACCCAGACACCUGCAGCUGCUGGCUGACCUGGAGGAAAGCAGCAUCUUCUACCUGAUUAAUGGAAAGAAGCAGUACAAUGCGCCCAAUGACUAUGGGAUGUGCAUCAAGCCAAACAAAGCGAAAGUCGAGAUGAAGGAGCUGCGUCUGCUCUGUGCCGAGGAUGAGCAGAUCCGUACUUGCUGGAUGACAGCCUUCAGACUCCUCAAGUACGGAAUGCUCCUGUACCAAAACUAUCGCAUCCCACAGCAGAGAAAGGCUUUGCUCUCUCCUUUCAAUACACCUGUGCGCAGUGUCUCUGAGAAUUCUCUGGUGGCCAUGGAUUUUUCUGGACAAACCGGAAGAGUGAUCGAUAAUCCGGCUGAAGCCCAGAGUGCUGCCCUGGAAGAGGGCCAUGCCUGGCGGAAGAGAAGCACUCGCAUGAAUAUCCUAAGCAGCCAAAGUCCCCUUCAUCCUUCUACCCUGAAUUCAGUGAUUCACAGGACUCAGCAUUGGUUUCAUGGACGUAUCUCCCGUGAGGAGUCUCACAGGAUCAUCAAGCAACAAGGUCUCGUGGACGGGCUGUUCCUUCUCCGUGACAGCCAGAGUAAUCCAAAGGCGUUCGUACUGACACUGUGCCAUCACCAGAAGAUUAAAAAUUUCCAGAUCUUACCUUGCGAGGAUGAUGGGCAGACAUUCUUCACUCUGGAUGAUGGGAACACCAAGUUCUCCGAUCUGAUUCAGCUGGUCGACUUCUACCAGCUCAACAAAGGUGUUCUGCCCUGCAAGCUGAAGCACCACUGCAUCCGUGUGGCCUUAUGACCUCCUUGCCCUAUCACAGAGGCUGGAGGCAGCAACACUGGAACGGAGAAGAGAGGCCUGCAUGAGGGUGAGAACACACACCUACUCCCACCCAACAACUCAGAACAUCAUGGCUUUCUGAUCGGUGCCAACCGACCAACAUCAAUUAGUUAUUGGACUUCACAAAGAUUUGCCGCUGCGGAUCAAGCAGGACCACCUCCCUCUGCGUCAGCCAUUUAAAUUGGGGGAGGGAUGAGAUCCAGUGCAAGUGUGGGAAGAAACUGGAAUGAUAAUUUUGAUUAGGCCACGUAGGGUGAAAACCGCAGAGAAAUGAUUGGAAAUGAACUCUUGCCCUGGAAUAAUCUUGACAAAACCGCGAUGUUUACUUUUUGUAUUGAUCACUUUUUUGCACUCCUUCUUCGUUGUCAAUGUUGUACUCAGCCUAUAUGGUAGGAGGGGAUGUGGCUUUGCAACCCAGAUGAGACAAAGAAUUUUGAAUUGGCAGUCUUCAGCCUGAAAAAUUGGUCCCCAAAGUUUUCUCAAGGGCAUCCUGCUUUCCACAGGUUGCCACAGUGUGGAUUUGGCUCCUACAUUAUAGAUACCCCAGUAGUUCCCAUUCUACUUGAAAAGCUUUUGUUUUAAAAAAUAAAAUAAAAUAAAAUAAAAUAAUGAGAUAAAAAGUGUCAACCGCAGUUGACACCACGCAUGUUUUGUGGACUCAGUCGAGCUACCACAGUCUGGUCAUCAUUGUUGUUGUGCUGAUGUCUGGUCAUUUAUUAUUAGUGUGUCUCGUUCUCCACAGUGCAGGAGACCUCAUUACUUUGGAAAACUCACUGUUCCCCAGCACAGCACAGCUGCAUGACCUCAGCUUCAGACUGAUGUCAGCAAGCCUUCUUGUAACACAUUGGUAUUCAUUGUGGAUGCCACAUAGUCCAUCUGGGGUGCCCUGUGCCUCACAUUUUCAUAGCCACCCACUGUUGUAGAAUAAUUGCUGCCUUUACCCUCUGCAGUAGCCUCAGUCAUUUCAGUUCUCCCACAGGGGUGGGGUGGGAUAGUGGGGUGAAAGGAUCUAAUGAGAAAAUGUCAACUUGUUGACCUUGUGCUCUGUCACUCUGAACAUCUAUGGUGAUAAAGAUAAGGAAACACUGCAGAGGGUGCCAGCAUUGGCUGGCUUUGAGUCUUUGCUUGAUGACCUCUGCACCCUACUGAAAACCCCCUAAGCCAGCAGGAGCAGGGUAUGCAGAGGCUCUGCCUCUGAUGGCUUCGGGUGAGAUGUACCUCACAGUGGUUGUGAACAUUGGACAGUUUUGAUUUUUUGGGUUUUUUUUAGCAGCAUGAUGUUUGCUUCCUCCUCCAAGAGAGGAGUCAGAAGGUGGCUGGAGUUGUCAUUGGCUCCCUUGAGCCCCCAUGGAGGACCCUCUGUUGUCCCCUUAAUGAUUUUUAUCAGGCAUGAGGGUAUCAGACAGGACUCCCUUGAGAAACACAGACAACCGUGGUGAACAGAUUUCUUUUCCUGACACCACACCUGACUGUCCCUUUGAACCUGAGCUAGCCACUAGAUUGCCAGUCCCGACUUUUGAAGUGCUCCCCAGGGAGUACUUCUGAUUUCUUGCGGUUGACGGCACAGUGGAAGAUAGAUGUAACAGCGCUUUGUAAGCAGGUCCGCUGCAAGCUGGUCCACAGUAUAGAAACACUGUAGUUCACAGACCAUGCAACCCGUGUUUCCACGAGAUGUUUAUUACAACAAAUGAAGAAUUUUUUUUUCUUUUUACUUUUUAUCUUUUUAUCUAUCUUUUAUCAUUUUUUUUAGUAAAACAUUUUCUUAAGCAUAAAUGCUCAAUUGCAUUUCUCUUUCUUUCGCAGCUAGUUAAUCAUUUCAGUUGACAAUGAGAUAAUUCUCAAGUUCAUGCCUGGCAGCAGGUUUCCACUGAUCUUCCCCUUAGGGACAGAUAACGGACAUUUCAUUUUUACCAUAUUCAUUUUUUUUUUUUUUUUGCUGACUUUAAGAUCAGAACUUUACAAAACAGACAACAAGCAACUCUAGGAUUUCUUUCUCCAGUUUA